UCUGGAUCAGCAAGGGCUUAACCCUUUGUUUAUUUAAUGACUUGCUGACAGUCGUCCCGUUCCCCUUUUUUCAUUUUUUUCUUUUGUUUGACUUUUUGGCGCAAUAUUAUUCACCACACCGGUGGGCCCAAAUCCACCACAGCACGAGCUGCCCCAAAUGGAGACUAACGCGGUUUUUUUCUUCUAUAGCGUAUGGUCACAUUUAAAUUGGCUUUAAAAAAAUUACACGAAAUAUUUAAGUUUUCCGGGAGUUUUACUGUUAAUUUGUUUGUGUAUUAAGGUUAGAGAGUUUUAAGAACAAGCACGAUCAUGGCCUGGGUUCCUAAUUCGCGUUUCGAGGACGACCUGGUGAGCAUGGAUCCGGAUUUUGAUCACAUCCACGGCCAGCUGGCCUACGAGGCGAAGAAGAAGCAAGAGUUUUGCCCGCGUCCCAAGAGCACCUACGAAUACCUGUCGGCCCGGGAAAAGCGAAAUUCCGAGCUGGAAAAACUGAUCGGUAAUUCAGACGGCAAGGGCCGAGAAAUUCGUAACUGCCUGCAAAUGAUGGAGAAAAUACAAAAAAUUGCGGGUACAAAGCCGCUGGGCGAACACGCCACCAUGGCCGACUGGGACGACACCAGCACUGCUGAACUGGAGGCCGUGGCCAUGAUGCGGCACUUUGGCAUGAUGUCCAUGGCGGAGGACUCAAUGCCUGUCCUGCCCGAAAUCAGUCCUACGCAAGAACCCAUACAUGUCAUACGGAACGGCCGCCAACGCUUUCCCCUUAUCACAGACCCCGAAUUCUUCAAGCCACGAAAAACGCCUCGGCCGAAGAAUCCCAGUCCCGACGACUCCAUCAAUGACUCCUUUCACACAGCCGAAAGUACCGGCAGCUUUAUUAGUCUGUACGGCUCGGCCAACUCCCACUUGAGCAGUAGCUCGGGAAGUGCAAAGCUCAAGGAGUCAAAUCGGGAGAAGAAGUACCUGGAAAUACCAUAUCAAACGCUGGAGGAGAGUUUCGAUCAGGCCGAGGAAGCCUUGGCCAAGAAGGCGAUCCCAACAAGCUUCAAAAAAAGCAAAGAGAAAAGAAGGAACGAGAGACUUCGACAUCAAAACGGAUCUAUAAACCAAAGAGCAUUAAAAAACAGUUCCUUUUAGUUGCCUGAAUUAAAUAACUCAAGAAUCGAAAGGGUUUUUUUAAACUCUAGGAUCUGAGAUUUUACAUUGGGCGGUCUUUAUGAACUUUAAUCAGCUAGAAUCGGAAACGAAUUUAAAUAAACAGCUGAAAAGUAGUUCCUACCAGAUAACAAAACUAUAUAUGUACAACAUAAUAUAUUUUUUUCUACAGAUACCAAGAAACUUUCCGCUGUACUUAUAUAUUAGGAUAAUUUAUGUAUUUAUUUGAACACAUGAAACUUCAAGAAAUAUUGUAUUGAAACAACAACAACAAUAUGUUUGAAGCCAUUUCGGUUGCGAGGAAACUCAGCUAAAAGGGUUCUUCAUACUUUCCUUAUACAAUCCUAAUAAAUAACCUAGUAUUCAAAA